AUGACAAAGUCUCCAAUUCGCAACUGUUUGGUCUGUGGAGCUGAGAACAAUCAUGGGAAUCAUUUUGACGUACAAUGUUGCAGAGCGUGUGCGAUAUUUUUCAGAAGACGGGCAGGCUCCAAGUAUGCUGACUUGAAAUGUCAAACUCGGCAUUGUGAUGAAAAAUACAAACUUUGUAAGCCAUGUAGACUAAGAAGGUGCUAUGCCGUUGGAAUGAAUAUUGAAAAAUUUCAACAUAAUCGAGAUUCACUGAAAACUCUAGAGAAACUUCCACAGUCAUUUACCAAUUUUAUCGGUCGCCCAAGUCUUGUAAUUUUCUGUAUUCCUGAAGAGCCAUACGAAAAAACAUUUGUCGAACUCAAAGAUCUUUUGAAAAAAGCAUCUGAAAUUCUUCAUUUUGGAGCAGAAACCCCAUAUGUCGGACCCUCGCAACUUCGUAAGCUAACAAUGGCGUCUUGUUUCUCAAUCAGCAAAGACUGCCGAAUGUAUCGUACACUUUCAUAUGGAGACAUGUCCUACUUUUGGGAAUAUUACUUAUUGAGAACGGCAAAAUGGUUGACCUACUUUGAAGAAUUUCAGAGCAUUCCACAUAAGAUGAAACUCCAACUCCUCACAUCAUUUUGGCACGUCUUCGGAAGGUUAGACAAAAUGGUCACAACUGCAAGUGCUCGGAGGAAGAAAAUAUGUAACAACGAAAAAAUGUGGGCUAUGAGCAAUGGAGUUAUAAUGGACCUUAAUUAUACAAAAGUGGAUUUUUCGGCAAUCAGCAAGUAUCCAUUGGAACAGAUUCUCUAUUUUCUUAACAGCAUCACUAUUUUCGAUCUGUCCACUGAAAUUGACAAGUUGGUGCAAUUAAAUGUGUCGGAUGUGGAAUUCAAUUUCAUGUUGGCUCAGCUAAUGUUUUCAUAUGCUGGGAAGAGGUUUCAAGGAGAUAUCAUGAAGAUUUGUGAUAGAUUCCAAGAAGUUUUAUCAAAUGAUCUUCACAAUUAUUAUGUGAAUGAAAAGAAGAUGCCGAGGUAUUCGACAAGAUUGAGUCAGAUAAUGCAGAUUAAUAAUGCAAUACAGAACGAUAUCUGGAGAAACAGACCGCGAGGCGAGUUGGCUGCACUAUUCAAUGUCUUCACUGUAAAGUUCUCUCAUCCUGAAAUUUUCAAAUGGAACUGGUCCAAAUUCAAGUUUGUCAAGUGUGUAGUGCCGAAGGAAUACAUGGAAAUCACUUUGGUGCAAUCAGUUGCAGAGCAUGUGCGGCAUUUUUCAGAAUGUUUCGUUGGACGACCAGAAAUGGUUUUGUUCUGGGAUGCCGAUAAACCAACUCACAAAUCUUUUAUUGAUGUGAAUUCUCUCGUUGAAGAGGCGUCGAGGAUUUUCAGCAAACCGGCAGAGAGUGUCUACAUUAGUAACAGUUGUCUUCAUAGGUUAUCAAUAGGAAUGAAAGAAGCGACAAAGAAAAAUUAUGAAGGAUUCGAGUCAAUUUGCAAAAUCAACCAGAAAGUGGUAUCUGAAACAUGGCAGUAUUAUUUUCUAACUGUUGCAAAGUGGUUGAUGCACUUCGAAGAAUUUCAAAAGUUAGCCGAUGAAGUGAAAUUAAAAAUUCUGGAAAGCGCUUGGCACAUCUGGGCGACAUUGGACCGCCAUUCUGCCACAGCAGCGUACCGAAGAAACAACCCAAAUGCUCCUAAAAGUCAGAUAUUAUCACGACGAGGAGUACUAGUAGACUUGAAGAAAGUGCACUUUGAUUCCACGUGGCUAAGUGAUUAUCCAGCGAGAGAAAUUUCAUAUUUCCUCCGACAAAGCUCUGGAGAGCACUUUGACAUAAUUGGUUCACUAAUAGAAUUACAACCAACAGACAUGGAAAUGACGUUUAUGCUUGCACAGUUGUCAUUUGAAUAUGCUGGAAAGAGAUGUCAGGGAGAGAUUUUAAAGGUUGACGAAAUUGAUGAAAAUCAACAAUGCAAUACAGAAGAAUUUAUGGGAACACAGGCCGCGGAUGGAGGUGGCGAAGAUCUUCAAUAUUAUAAAGAUAGAGUUUUCACAUCCUGA